AAGAAAAAACUUCCGAGUCAGACCGAACAUCAUCAUCAUCAGCACCACCGACGUAAACAAGGCGGCGUGCAGAGACUUGCUGGCUGUCUCUACCCGGGAUACGCUCAACACUCACGCCAGGAUUACUCAGGAGCACACCAAGAGGCCACAGAAUAAUAAAGCUUCAAGAGGACCUCACUCAAAGCACAUGCAAAAUUAUACAAUAUUAAAAAUCCAGAGAUCAUCAAAAUAGGAGUACCCCCCCUGCACACACACAAGCAAACAUAAGCCAUGGAUGACGAGGCUGAGACAUACAAGCUGUGGCGCAUCCGCAAGACCAUCAUGCAGCUGUGUCAUGACCGUGGCUACCUGGUGACACAGGAUGAGUUGGACCAGACCCUUGCCCAGUUCAAGGACCAGUUUGGAGAGAAACCGUCAGAGAGGCAGCCAGCACGCUCUGAUCUCAUUGUCCUGGUGGCCCACAAUGAUGACCCGACCGACCAAAUGUUUGUCUUCUUUCCUGAUGAGCCCAAGGUGGGUGUCCGCACCAUCAAGACCUACUGUACGCGUAUGCAGGAAGAGAACAUCCAGCGUGCUAUUAUUGUUGUCCAGUCAGGAAUGUCUCCUUCAGCCAAACAGGCAUUGGUAGACAUGGCCCCAAAAUAUAUUUUGGAACAGUUUUUGGAGUCUGAGCUGCUUAUCAACAUCACCGAACACGAGCUGGUGCCAGAACAUGUUGUCAUGACGGCUGAAGAGAAGACAGAACUACUGCAGAGGUACAAGCUCAAGGACAACCAGCUCAUGAGGAUACAGGCAGGUGACCCUGUGGCCAGGUAUUUUGGCCUCAAACGAGGACAGGUAGUGAAGAUCAUCCGUCCCUCGGAGACAGCUGGUCGAUAUAUCUCCUACAGACUGGUAGUGUGAAGAGCGAGAGAGAGAGAGAGAGAGAGAGAGAGAGAGAGAGAGAGAGAGAGAGACCACAUAGUUCUUGCAAAUUCAUGUUAGUUAAUUUUCCUAUUGUUUUUGUUCCAGUUUAGUCCAGUACUUAGAAUUUUGUAUUUAUAGGUCAUAUUUUUUUUUAAAGCUAAUUGUUUGAUUUCUCAUAUAUUUCAUCCAUGAACGUACAGUAAAAGUCCAAGAAUCUGAAUGGCAGCAGAUUGAAGGCUAUUCAGAUUAUCAAAUUCUUUGGAUUAUUAAGAAGGACCCCUGAAAAUAUAAAAAAAAUAUUCACAAUCAAAAUAAAAAACAUGGUAAGUUUUAUUACUCACCAGCAAUGUGUAAAAGUGCUGCACAGCUGUUUUAGGCAGGUAACCCAUGUAAAGAGAGUAGAUUCAAAGGUAAUGAAGUCGCAGAGAAGUAAAGUUAAGGAGGUGCUGUUGGAAUGUAAAACCCGUCAGACAAUUAUGGAGUCAAGUUGAGGCUGCCUGAGUAUUUUGACAAUCUAUUCACUUUUCACUCAUAAUAUUUUUACCUAUUCACUGUACUGUGCAAAAUUUCUUAACCUACUGUAGCCUAAAUGUCCCUUCUUAUCACCUUCACUUGUCGUCCUCGAGUAUCGGUUCAGGACUAGCAACUGUAAAAGCUGUGGGAGCCAUCUUUCCGGUGAUGAAGGGCAUCAUACAGUUCGAGAAUCAAGUGAAUGUUUGGCUGUCAACACAAUAGACUAAAUUAUUUUAAUCCCUCCCGAGUCUCUUGUUUCUUGUCCUUGCUGCUUGGUGCUACGCGGUGUAUUUGGCGCCUCAUUUUAUUUAUUUUUAUUAAUAUUAUUUUUGCAUUACUGGAAUUUUUGUCAGACACUAGAAAAUUCAGACUUUGGGGAGUUUCAGAUUGUCCAUGUUUGGAUUAUUGGACUUUCACUGUACGUAUUAUUUAUCAAAGUAUUAUUAUUAGCUGAAUUUUCAGUACCUAGUUAGUCAUCCGUGCAUUUUUUCUUAAAUAUUUAUGUGACCAAAUUUGUAAUAAAUCAUUCAAUGAUGGUAAGUUUUCUGUACCUGUCUGGCUGUCUAUGUAUUCUGUAUGUAAUCAGUAGUAACAGCCUAUAUCAUUCCAAUUGUCUGACUGUGAUCCAUGGUUGGGAAUGGUGUUUAUUCGCCUUGGCAUUUGUUCGUGCGAGAGCGGCGGGCCUGAGAAAAUAAAUACUGAGGCGAAUACACGCAAUUUUUACAUUGGGACGUAACCUACUCAAACAAAAUUAGAAAAUCAUGUAGGUUCAGGAUCAGUGCUUAAACAGUAGUACAAUGAAACAUAUUUGAGUACUAAGUAGUUGAAAGGAAAUAAGUGCAAGAAAUAUUUAUGCGCUACUUCAUUUAACUCCGAUUUUCGUUUAUUUCUUUAUACAUUAUUACAAAUUGAUACUUAAGUGAUGCAGAAUUUUUCUCAUAAACACAGCGCCACCGACGCUCGUGAGUAGUGCUGCUAAUGCUGGGUUCACACAUUGCCAAUUUCGCGUCCCAUUCAGUCCUGGCCUAGAAAAUUUUGAAAACGGAUCAAAGGUGGCCGACAACACCCAGUUACAUUCUGUCUGGCCUGAACGUGACCUUAUGGCGCCAGAUCCCCGACUCACGCGGACUGAAACUGGGGUCAGGCGUGAGUACAGUAAACCCUCUGGUAUCCGGGUUAAUAGAGCCACGGGGGCACCCGGAUAUUGGAAAAACCCAGAUGUGGUGUAGGUUAAGUCUACAGACCCGAAAACCCAACUUUCGCUUACCGCAUUUAAUAUAUCAUCGUCACACACGAAGCUACUUAAGAUCAUGCCCGUAAGCCCACGACAGCCUUCCAUGCCCGCGCAUACGUUAUAUAUGAAACGAGUGCAGGGACGAUAUGUUAUAGCCGUAAAAAAGAAAAAUGUUACGGGUUACAUUUUAGCCGCCACCACCCUGUCCCGCUCGCCCUGAGUAUAUAUAUCCUUAUCAUCUCAUAAAUGGAGCUACUUAAGGUCACGUCCGUACACCCACGUCAGCCCUUUACGCCUGCGCACAUGUGGUUAUAUGAAACGAGUGCAGGAAGAAUGUAUUAUAGCCAUAAAAACGAAAAAAAAUGUUACAGGUUAUGUCAACCUGCCCGCUUUACCCUGCCGCCCCGAGAGUGUUUUACCUUGUUUUCUGCAAUAUUACAUUUUCUAUGGUAACACCAGUGUAGGGAAGCUUUUCCCCAUCCACAGUGAAUGCGUGAGCGUUGUGGCGUCUCUUGCAAACGAUAAUUAGUAAGAAAAAUUGUCGGGGCUUUGGUCAGCACCCACCAUGGCCCCAAGGACGCGGGUGUUAAGAUUCGCUCCUAACGGGGUAAUUAAGGCUUGUACACCUGACCUAUAUAUAUACACAUUGGCGCCAUGGUAAGCACCGCAAACACCACACACAGGCAAAGCAAUGCCUGGAGAAGGUAGGGCACACACACAAAGCAAUUAACUGGGCCAUGGUGAACGUAAACAGUGGCGUGCGGGGCGCUUGUUGUGUUGUGGUUCGCAGGGUAAAGAGAAUCUCUUCACCUUGGUGGGGCGGUAUGCUGCCUGGGCAGAGCUUAGAGGCAUUGCGCGGGCAAUUUGAACAACCUUUGGCGGUGCACGACAAUUUUUAAAAAUAUUUUUGGAAAAAAUCACAUUUUUGAAAACUCCCGGAUGCAGGCGAGGUCAGAUACAGUGCACCCAGAUAACUGAGGGUUUACUGUAUGUUGCACGAAGAGUCCCGCUUAAUGGGGCCAAGCGGUGGUAGGACUCAGGCGGGACCCUGUCAGGCGGUGUCCUGACUGGAAUUGCUGGCGAUGCGAUGUUGCCACAAGCAGCGUCCUGCCGCGGGGCGCGCAAUUUUCAUGCCGUUUUCCCACUACACGGGGGCUCCCCCCUGCCUGACGGCGUUCUACAUUCUAAUCUCAUGCUGAGCCGAUUUCUGACAACUGUCCCAUCCAGUUCGGACUGGUUCCAAUUUUAUGGAACGUGCUAAGAAAUAAAAAAGGGGAGGGCUCAUCAUUGGAAUGUAUCAGGCAACCGCAAAGGUACCGAUCCUGAAAGCUGGCAAUUUGGGUGGAAACGUUUAAUUGUGCAGUUGUGAAAACUAUUAUCCCACAUCAGGGAGUGUCAUUCACCAACAUACUGAAUAGACAGCAAAGGCAAAUAGCUACCAAUGUCACACAUUAUAUUUUAGUGGGUUAUAAACACAAUAUAAGCUUGGUAUAUUUAUGAUGAUCCAUUACAAAUAAAUUACAUAUUGUGACCAGUACACAGAGAGCACUAACAUAAAACUGUAUUAUAUAUAUAUAUAUAUAUAUAUAUAUAUAUAUAUAUAUAUAUAUAUAUAUAUAUAUAUAUAUAUAUAUAUAUAUAUAUAUAUAUAUAUAUAUAUAUAUAUAUAUAUAUAUAUAUAUAUAUAUAUAUAUAUACACACAUACACACACACACACACACACACAUCAUAUCAUAAGCCAUUUCUAUUCCAGACUGCUAAGGCCAUUCCUUUCUUUUCAUCAAGUUGUCCAUAAAAUCAUUUUUGUCUUUUCAUCCCUUUUAAAGAUUUUGCCUGCCUUUUGAUGCAGGUAUUCCUUUAUUUAAAAUGGCUUUAUAUUUUAAUUACAAAAGUCAUUUAGCAAGUUAGAAGUGGCCAUGUAUAAGGAUCUAUGAAUUUCUCUAUCUUGGCAAGACAAAGUUGUUUGAUGGAAAGCACUUCAAUGGAAAGGGAACUGUGCAUGUUAAAAGUUACAAUGUUUUUCAAAGACAAGCUUGUUAAGUAUGAAGGAAGAGGAAACUAGCCAUUCCUUAGUGGACCAUCUUGAGCAGCAGCUCUGCCACUGUCCUAACGUGCCUGAUGGUGUGUUCACCCUCGCUUUCACUAGUGGUGUUUCCUCUGCAAUGCCUAUAUAUCAUAGUUACUUAAGUAUAUUGAUGGUCACCUGCCUUUCUACUAGUUGAUAAUAUGUGGAUACACAAGUGUGAAGAAAUGCUAUGCACUGACUAGCAUCAUGAAACGAGAAUGGAGUUAACAUUCAUGCCACGUUUGGGGAACAAAUUGCUCCAGUCCUUGCUACUAUUCUAACUGCAUGCCAAUACCUUGUCUUUCAUUGUAGUUAUUUCUGGUAACUAACAUAAGGUACAUUAUGGAUGCUCUGGAGGGUGUAAUGAUUGUACUAAUUCCAAGAUAAAAAUCUAGAAUAGAUAGGCUUUUAAUUUUAAAUAUAUAUAUAUAUAUAUAUAUAUAUAUAUAUAUAUAUAUAUAUAUAUAUAUAUAUAUAUAUAUAUAUAUAUAUAUAUAUAUAUAUAUAUAUAUAUAUAUAUAUAUAUAUAUAUAUACACACACACACACACACACACACACACACACACUUCCAUAUUUCAAAAAUUUCGAACAUAGGUACUUCAUCACAACCUUGCACUGCUCUCUGAAUCCUUCCUAAUACAUUAGGGAUACACAUAAAAAAGUCAACAUAUUUACAUAUUUGGAUAGACUCCAAGUUUGUCAAGAGGUAUCAUCAUAAGGAACUAAAUGUGUUCAGAUUAGUUUUCAUUUUCAUAUACGUGUCAACUUUCAUCUAAGAAAAUAAAUGAGAAAAAUUUUAUUAAGUAAUGUUCUCCAAAGAACACAGCUGUUUAGUUUUUAUUUUGUUUGGCCUUUUCGAGUAUUGUUUAUAACUUGGUUAACACUGCCUCACUUUGUAUUACAAAUAAUUGGCAAGUUGAUUCAUAUAAUAUGUAGUUUCUCAUCAAACUUUGCUAUGUUACUAAUGAUCUUAACCACUGAACACCACAUACAGAGAAAGUUACAUUGAAGACCUAAUUAAACUUUGUUACAAUAUGGUAUUCUUAAUUUUAAAGAAUAUUUAGUUCCUGGCACUGAGCCCAUGAACUCCAACUCAGUAAUUGGGUCAGACAUUUCUCCGAUUUGAAAAUAUAUAUAUACUUGUUCUUAAACGAAGAGUUUAUUAGUAACAUUGAUGGCUGAGUGGCCUUCUUUUGCCUUUGCUGACUACCUACCUAAUACAUAUUUACAUACCAUUACAAUUACAAUAUGUCGAGUUUGUUUUCACAAUCAUGCUCAUCUUAGAUAUUGAAAAGAUGCAAUAAUCAUCACAAAAGCAUACAUGGUGUGUGUAUAUAUAUAUAUAUAUAUAUAUAUAUAUAUAUAUAUAUAUAUAUAUAUAUAUAUAUAUAUAUAUAUAUAUAUAUAUAUAUAUAUAUAUAUAUAUAUAUAUAUUAUAUAAUGAAGUAUUUACAGUAUAUAUACAAGGAACAAUUAGAAUUUUCAAUAAUCUUUCAAUAAUUAACAUUUUACAACAUGUUUGUUAUGUAUAUACAAAUAAUUAUGGGUUACACUGAGCCUUCACACUGAAAAAUAUAUAUAUGUAUAUAUAUAUUACAACUUUUAAUAAAAGUAAUGUCUAAGACCAGCCACUUAUGGGUUAUCAGACAUCAAGUUCAAUGUUGAAAAUCACUUAAGACAUAAAUUAAAAUAGGUCAAUAUAUACAGCAUUGUACAUUUCCUCUCAGAAGGAAGACUUUUGUAUCUUUAUAGAUAAACUUAACUAAGUUGUGCUUCUCAUAAAGACAUGCAGGCAACUGCAUGUUAUUUAUUAACCCGACACUAAAAGGAAAAGGCCUGCAUGGUAGCCUGGCCAAAAUAUGCAAUAAAACCUUGCAAGUACUUGAAUACAGUUAAGAAAAAUGUGAAGUUCUGUAAUUCUGAGAGGUCCAGUAAGUAUAUGACUUUAUAUAAGAACAUGUAAAGUUCAGUAUAUUUAUGGGGUCAUUACAACUGUAUAUGAACAAAAUUGAUAGUACCUUCACGUGCUGCAGAACAUGAGUGUUUCCAAAGAAAAUCAUACAGGGAUUCCCCUUUGUUUGUCAUUUCACUCUUGCAUCUGCAUUAUUUUGUGGUAGCAAGAAAAAAAAUAUGUUUUUUCACUAUUGUCUGAUUACACUUUUGAAUUUGGGGUUAUUAGAUAUUUAUUCAUUCUGCUUAGAAUGCCGCACCAUGGCUGAUAACCAACUACCCAAAGCAAAUUAUGAACACCGUUUCAUCACUAGAGAUGGAAAUAAUUUGGGAAGAAAAGUGGCGAGCAUGCUGUUAACAAUGCCAUGUCAGUUUCGUUUAUAGUUCGUAAUGGUUGGGAGUUUCCCCCUUCUAAUAACAAUCCAUGUCUCUGCAAUAGACCACUCAGUUAUUAAUUAAUUCGUAAUAAAGUACCAACUUUUGGGUUAUGUUUUGAUUUACGUCAAAUUAUUUUGUGUGUGGACGUGGUUUAUAUCUGGUUUAUAUCUGUAUUACAUUCAUCACAAUCCCCAUAACAUUAUUCAGACUGAAAAGAUAGUACGUAUAUAUAUUUUGGGAAGAUAGUGUGUAAUAAUUACUUUCACGGCUAUCAAUUCAUACAUCACUGUAUAAUAAACAAGUUUCUUCUUUUUUCUACAUUAAAAAGAGCAGACCAAUGGAAAAAAAUACUGCUGAUGCCUUUCGUAUGAGAAAUCUAGGGGAAUUUCAAAAUGUGGUAAAAUUGUUCCAGAUGUGUCUAAAUAGGCCACCAUGUAAGAUUCUAAGUUGUAGGGUGGUUAAAAACAGUAGACAUAAUUCAGUGUGGUGGAAAGUUCAACAAAUGAGUAACAAUACUGAUUAAUUCUUGUGUAAGUGACAGGCAAUAUACGAAUGAAAGUGAAUAAGUCUUGUGUAACAAACAUGACAGAUGGGAAGUAUACGAGUGAAGGCCUACCCACAGGGGAUGUACUCCCUAUAGGGGAAGAUAGUUGUCUGGGUGAAAAUUACAAUAUUUCUAGAGAGAAAACAAAACAAAAACUAUACACAUUAUGCCUGUAAGCAGCAUCAUUGAUCCUGAGAGCCCUUGGUACUGAAACCUCAACUUUCUUGUUUCUAACUAGUAACUUAAAUCUCCAACACAAAUUAACUUUUCAACCAUGACUAGUACAAAUCCAUAAUAACUAUUGUAACUUAAAUCAUAAUCUUUAGUAAAAAUGACAUGUUCCCCAUACUCUAUGUAGACAUUCAUUAUUUCUAUUGCUGUUUCAUUUAAGUACUAUGUUUGAUUCAUAAUAUUAUGAGCAACAGCAACAUAAGGUAGACUUGCAAUGCAGAUGAGAUCCAGGAGUUACUAUGGUAUUUAAGUAACACACAUUAGGCCAUCUGUGAGAUUUGUUAAAUUUAAGGAAGAGAAAUGUAUGGGAAUUAGAAAUUUAUAAAUAAUCCUGUAUUGUGUUGAAUAGCCAGAUGACAACCAGAGGAAACUGGACACUGGCACACUGAACCUACUACAAUCUGAAUGCCCUGAAGUGCGAUGCUGUCAUUAAAAGCAGAUCAAACUGCUGCUGUAUUGUGUGAAAACAUGGAUGAACAACAUCCUUCAGUUCUGUAUUGUGAAUUCUCAUGAUAAAGAACAUGGAACGUUGUUACGCCUCCAGUAGUGAUCUAGGAUAUCACUGACAAACUACCUUGUGUUGUUGGCAGAUUGUGGAUUUGAUUAUAGAGUCAGGACAGUAAUUUAUGUUUGUGACAACCCAGAAAACUAAACUUUAAGAAUUUCGGAAAUGAUAAAAGUUACUGCUGAUAUUACGGAGAAACUUUCAUUUUCAUUUGCUUGAAGAAAUCUGACAUUAUAAUAAACAAAGCUGAGAUUCUUCUUUUGUAAUAAGUUACAGCAACAUCAUGAUGUAAAUCCCUCCUAGAGGUACUUUUUCAUGUACAGCCAUCAUAUGAAUUCUUUUUUAUAGUGAUUUGUGGUUCACAUUUCUUUGUGAUAGGCAACUUUCAUUCCCUUUAAUAAAAUAGCUUCUGGUGUAUGUAGUAAUACUAGUAUUCAUAAUGAAGCAAUAAUAAUAUUUUACUCAAGGUCA